AUGCUGAGGGCACGUCUGCCUGGGUAUCACGCACAACGUUGCCCUCCACCUCGGCCCGUAAAGGGAUCGUGGGUGUUGGGUCGGAUAUUGGCCUCCCCUGUGCAUCGGCUUGCGGCCGGCCUAAAUGUGAUUCGGUAUCGACGCAUGUCGCAACAAUUGGUGGUUGAAGAACUCAACUCGCACGUUGUCGUGCUGGACUGCGUCGUUCGGCUUGAACGUGUUGACCCCGACGAUGCUUCGCACUUCGACAGCGACCCCAAGUCAGGCAGGAUUACCCGCACUCAUAGGAAUUUUUCGAAAUCGGUUGAAACCCGCGUGAACAACCAGAAUUUUGAGAAGAUUUAUGUCCAGGGUGGCCUCAAUGUAAAGCCGCUGGUGCCGGAAAAGAUUGAUUUGGAUGAAACCCUAGCAAAAAGUGAUGGAGAUAGGGCACAGGUUAUUGAUGGUCCUUAUGGUGUAUAUGGGGAGAACUCGAAUGUGGUCGAGGCCGUGAAGGCUGAUAACAAGGAGUCUGAGGUUGAGAAGGAGGCAUGGAGAUUGUUGACGAAUGCGGUUGUGACGUAUUGCAAUAGCCCGGUUGGGACAGUGGCCGCUAAUGAUCCCAAUGACAAGAUGCCUCUGAAUUAUGAUCAGGUGUUUAUAAGGGAUUUCGUUCCCUCGGCCCUAGCUUUUUUGCUCAAAGGCGAGGGGGAGAUAGUUAGGAAUUUCCUCCUGCACACCAUGCAGCUACAGAGUUGGGAGAAAACGGUGGAUUGCUACAGUCCAGGGCAGGGAUUGAUGCCAGCAAGUUUUAAAGUUAGAUCUGUUGCUCUUGAUGAUAACAAGUUUGAAGAAGUUCUGGACCCAGAUUUUGGGGAGUCGGCUAUUGGCCGUGUGGCACCUGUUGACUCUGGAUUGUGGUGGAUCAUUUUAUUAAGAGCCUAUGGGAAGAUCACUGGUGACUACACAUUACAGGAAAGGGUCGACAUUCAGACUGGAAUGAAACUUGUUAUGAACUUGUGUUUGUCCGAUGGCUUUGAUAUGUUUCCGACUUUGCUUGUAACCGAUGGAUCCUGUAUGAUAGAUCGACGAAUGGGUAUUCAUGGUCAUCCUCUAGAGAUUCAAGCAUUGUUUUACUCAGCUUUACGGUGCUCCCGUGAGAUGCUUACCUUAGAUGAUGGAUCCAAGAAUUUGGUGAGGGCCAUCAAUAAUAGACUCAGUGCAUUGUCAUUCCAUAUCAGAGAAUAUUAUUGGGUGGAUCUCAAAAAGAUCAAUGAAAUCUAUCGUUAUAAGACAGAGGAAUAUUCCACAGAUGCUACUAACAAGUUUAAUAUAUAUCCUGAUCAAAUUCCUCAUUGGUUAAUGGAUUGGAUUCCGGAGAAAGGUGGUUAUUUUAUUGGCAAUCUGCAGCCGGCUCACAUGGAUUUUAGAUACUUCACACUAGGAAAUCUCUGGUCCAUAGUGUCAUCGCUGGGUACUCCAAAACAAAAUGAAGCUAUAUUGAAUUUGAUUGAAGCAAAAUGGGAUGAUCUUAUUGGUCAGAUACCUCUUAAGAUAUGUUACCCUGCCUUGGAGUCUGAAGAGUGGCGAAUAAUAACUGGCAGUGACCCAAAAAAUACACCUUGGUCAUAUCAUAAUGGUGGAUCGUGGCCAACACUUCUGUGGCAGUUCACAUUGGCAUGCAUGAAGAUGGGUAGGUUGGAUUUGGCCAAGAAGGCAAUUGAAACAGCUGAAAAAAGACUUCAAGUGGAUCGCUGGCCUGAAUAUUAUGAUACAAGGAAUGGGAAGUUUAUAGGAAAGCAAUCCCGAUUAUAUCAGACAUGGUCAAUAGCAGGAUUUUUGACUUCUAAAAUGCUGUUAAAAAAUCCAGAGAUGGCUUCGGUUUUAUUCUGGGAAGAAGACUAUGAUCUUCUUGAAACUUGCGUCUGCGCUUUGAGCAACUCCAGCCGGAAAAAGUGUUCCCGCAUUGCUGCCAAGUCUCAGAUUCUGGUCUGA